GCUGAAAUCAUAAUGAACCGACCCCACGCAAGAAAUUCAUUGGGAAAAGUAUUUGUAAAUGAACUGUUCACUGCUCUGGAACAACUCCGCUUUGAUGAGAAGGUUCGCGUGGUGGUGUUUAGGAGUGAGGUGAAAGGUGUAUUUUGUGCUGGUGCAGACUUAAAGGAGCGUGCAGAGAUGGAUGAUGCAGAAGUUGGACACUUUGUUAAAAGGCUGAGAAAUCUCAUGGAUGAAAUAGCUGCCCUGCCUGUACCCACAAUUGCUGCAAUAGAUGGCUACGCAUUGGGUGGUGGACUAGAACUGGCGUUAGCUUGUGACCUUCGAGUAGCAGCUUCAUCAGCUAAAAUGGGCCUUAUUGAGACCACGAGAGGGCUUCUUCCUGGAGCAGGUGGAACACAGCGCCUGCCUAGAUGUGUUGGAAUAGGUCUUGCAAAGGAACUCAUUUUCACCGGCAGACAGAUUGAUGGACAGCAAGCCGCCUCAAUGGGAUUAGUAAAUCACACGGUGCCACAGAACAAUGAGGGUGAUGCAGCUUACCAGAGGGCGUUAACUUUGGCUAAAGAAAUCCUUCCUCAGGCACCAUUUGCUGUGAAAAUGGGAAAACUGGCAAUAAACAGAGGAAUGGAGGUUGACAUUGCGUCAGGGAUGGCUAUUGAGGGGAUGUGUUACGCCCAGAAUAUUCCUACAAGAGACCGUCAGGAAGGGAUGGCUGCCUUCAGGGAGAAACGACCACCUCAGUUUAUCGGCAAAUAAUGCUUCCUAGCUUCCCCUUGAUUUUUUGAAGGUAAAGGACAACUGAGGAGGACCCACGGAUUUCUUGGGAUUAUUUUUAUGACUGCAUUCUAUGUACUUAGCUCCUUGCCUUGGACUGCAUCUCUGAAUGCUCCACUGGAUCAUUUUGCUGUAAGAAUUCCCAAAUAAAGAUUUAACUUUGUACA